AUGGAAAGCAUAUGUAUUUGUGUUCAAUUGUGCGUCUUCGUGGCAUUCGUCGCCGCUAUUGUCGUAGCUAAUCGAGACAUAUUUGAAUGCCCGGGUCCAUUAACGUAUUACAAAGAUCUCGGAUGCACGCCAAUAUAUGACAACAAGGAGGACAAUUGCCCGAAAAGUUUCAACUGUAACCAUAUCAAACAAAGAUCCAGGAACAAGUGUUAUAUUAACGGUCAUAUAUAUAAUUCCAACCAACUUCUUAACCCUAUAGAUUCAAACUUUUGCGAUACCUCAUGUAUUUGCAGAGUCUUAUUGGUCCAGAAUCAAAUUGCUGCGUUUCAGUGUUUAAACUAUUCGGUAUAUUCCUAAUAUACGGAAAUAGAGGUAAAAGAUGGUUGCUAUUUACGACAAAACUCAAUAUAUUGCAAAAAUCCGAAACAAAUUUGUCCUGCAAGAAUGGAAGAGAUACCUGUUUGUAAUGUAAAUGGUCAUAUAUACCUUGAUGAUGAAUCUUUCAAAGUGGAUGAAGAAUCUGAUUUGAUUUGCACCUGCCAACCAGGGUACAAAGGUGAAACUGUUCCACCUUUCUGUAUCAAACCUAAUUGUUCCCCAUGUCUUCACCCUGCAUUCAGUCACGAUGAUUAUUUUCGUCGAAAUUGUGCUCCAGUUUUCAAUGAUUACGCAGAAAAAAACACGUGUUAUAUGACGAUGUUAUGUCAGGCUCCUGAUGACAUUGUCAUUCCUAGACGACUACCUUUUAUAAUGGAUGACAAUUAUACUAAUAUGUGCAUAUUUGGUAAUUUGCUAUUGCAAAUUGGAGACAAACUACAGCCAUCUCCAGAUUACAUCAUCGAUUGUAUUAAUUGCAUUUGCGAAGUAUCACUAUUAACUUGUGUAUAUAUACCGAAAAAUAAUUGUACACUGAAUUACUUUAUAUCAAGCGGUUCGAAGUUCCCCGUUAUGCUCAUGAUCAUUGUCCAACCGAUCGAUCACGCGAUCAAUCGACGGAACGCGUCCGUUUACGCUAUUUCUAAUCGGUAUACAAUAAUUUGCUAUCUCUAUCGAGUCCAUCUGUCGAGACGCAUUUCGAUCGCGAUCGCGCGAUUUUCGAACGGCCUACCUGUCGCUUCGUCGCAAAAGUUAAUUCGUAUUGUUGUGCUUAUUGCGAAUUUCCAUAUUUCACAUGUUCUCCGCGAAAUUAAAUAUAUAUAUUUUUUUUAA